CAAAAGAUUGGCUAAAACUUGAAGAGCAGAUAUCUGAAAUUUGGGAUAAUUUGAUGAAGAAUCCAGUGGGUUUUUGGUUGAAUUUCUGCUGCAAAUUAGUUGGAGAAGAAGAAGAAAAAGAAACCCACAUUUUGAAUUUCAGAAAUAGCCGCAUUUUUAAGAAAUAGCCCCUUUCCGGUUUAAAAUAAUUUUUUAAUGAUAAAUUAGAUUAAAUAAAAAAGAAAAUGGUUGGAGCCGUUGAAAUCGUGCUACAUGUCCCCGUUAAAUGGGCAGUUAGACGCGAGGGUAUAUAUGACCAAAAUGCUAACAACAACAGGGUAUCUAUCAUCUAAAAAGCAAACAGGGAUACACACAACUAUUAUAUAUAUGAAAGAAAAAAAAAAAAAAGAAGAAGAUAAAACACAAGAGUCGGACGACGCCGUUCUGCAUAAUACCCAUUCAGGCUUCCCCUCCUUUUCAAUUCCUUAUUUAUAUCAAAACCCUAAACCUUCAAUAAAUCUCUCAAUUCAACCCCCAAAACAAUGGAUAAUCCCAAUUCUCGUCCCUGCCAAAAUUGCAACAAAAGGACAAUAGUUGCAGAUGAUCAUACAGGUAAUCCUGUUUGUAGAUCAUGUGGAAUUAUCCAAACAUUCGAUAAUUAUGAUCCACAAAUUGGUGGUUUAACUGGUCCUACAGGUACUUAUGUACAUACAGGUACAUCAGGUAUUGGAAAUAAAUAUAAUUAUAAAGAAACAAAAAUAUAUGAAGCAAAAAGAAUAAUUAAUGAUAUAACCUUUCAAUUACAAUUUUCUCCUUCGAAAUGUAGUGAAGUUGAAGUUAUGGUUAAGAAAAUUACUGUUGGUGAAUAUGGUAAAGGUAAAUGGUUUGAAAUAUUUGUUGGUGCUUGUUGUUAUGUUGUUUUUAGACAAGAUAAUAAGCCUUUGAGUAUUGUUAAGGUUGCUAGUUUGGUUCGUUGUGAUAUUUAUGAGUUAGGUCGAAUGGUUUAUCGAGUAGUUGAAUUUUUAGAAUUGGAGUUGCCUCAGAUUGAUGUUGUUGGUUCGUUUGAGUAUUAUGUUAAGGAUGUCGAGUGUUUUAGUGAGGUUGACGAGGAUGUUAUUACGAGGAUGUUGAAACAAGGGUUUUUUUUAGUGAAUUGUUUGGUUAAGUGGUAUGUUACGACGGGGAGGAGACCGUUGCCGGUCGUGGGGUCGGUUUUGGUUUUCGUUGCGGAGUUGAAUGGGGUGGAUGUGAGGAUUGAGGAUGUUGCGGAUGAGUUGGGAGUUGAGGUUGUUACGUGUAAGUUGAGGUAUAAGGAGUUGUUGGAGAGGUUAGUGAAGGUUGCGAGAGGUUUGCCUUGGGGUGAGGAUGUUACGGUUAAGAAUAUUAUGAAGCAUGCAACGUUUGUGAUUCAAUAUAUGGAGUUGAAAUCGAUGUCGAAGUUGAAGAAUAGCGGUGAUGGUAAAAGGAAGAGUUUCGAGGAUGUUGGAUUUGAUUUGGAUUAUUUGAUCGAUGAUUGUUUGAGCAACGAAAACGAUUACGCUAUCGAUUUUAAUGACGGGGAAAACGACUCGCGGUAUUUUCGGACGGAGCGUGCGUCAAAUUUGAGUAGUGAAAGUCCGAAUAGAUUCCAGAUAUCUCUAGAGUGUUUGGCGAUGGUUUAUUCGAAGAUUAAGAAUGAUAUGUAUGUAAACGAGUCGACUAUUAGCAGAGAUAAUAGCAUUCCGAGAAGGAAGAGAAGAUAUGGCAUAAUUUCGGUCACUGAUUGGUGGAAGGGCGAAUCGGAAAUGAGCAAAAUGCUUUUAAUGAAGGAAUUAGUGGAGAAAGACGUGGGAUUGAGUGCUAUGCCUCCGUCUUUUGAUAGAGGUUGUUUGACAUAUGAAAGGAGAAAAGAGAAGAUAAAGGCUGCGAAAUUUCGAAUCCAUAAGACAAUGUAUCCUUCAGAUGCUGGAUCGAUGGAUAAGGUUGAUGUAGGCCCCGUUGAACAUGUAAAUGCUGGAAAGAAAAGGAGAAGGAAAACGAAAGUUGAUGUUGAUUGGGAAGAUGUCAUUAUUGAAACACUUCUCCUUCAUCAAGUGAAAGAAGAGGAGAUAGAGAAGGGGUAUUAUAAAGCCUUGUUGGACUUGCAUGUUUUCAACUAUUGAAGAUCUAACCUGUCAACACCAACCAUUAUGCCAAUUUAUGUAAAAACAAAGAUGUGACAAAGAAUAUUUUUUACGUUUCUUUAACUGAUUCUUCGAGAGAAUAGAAGCUAUUUUUGUUAAUGUUUUCAUUGCAAGAGUUACAUAUUUUUGGUAAAAUGAGUGAGAAAUAUACUGGUGGAAUAUACAAAAACAUGCUUUGUUUUUUAUAUAUAUCGUAUUUGUAUUCUCUGUAUAUGUUUUGCCUUCAAUAACCUUGGCUUUUAUUUCUUUUAUGGGAUGAGAUGUUCCGUUUCUCCCAGUACAUUUUCAUUUUGAUUCAUAGAGGAAGUUUUUUUUUUUUUUUUUUUUUCUGACUUGCAAGAUUUUCACUCUUCCAAUCUAUGUUGAUCUUAGGAUUGUGGAACAGAGAAAUGAUAUUUCUAGAAUGAAUGAGGGCUCCUUGUCUUUGACCCAGUUCAUUAUGGUUUCCUUAUUGGCUUUUGGUUAUUCUAAUUUCUUUUUGAUAGGCAGUUAUUUCGCAUGCUGGAUAAUGUGAUGAUUCAAGGGGCCAUAGAUGGUAAAUGAUGUCAUUUUUUGUGUCAAGUUGAAAGGGCUUAUUUGUAGAACAAUAAUUUUUCCAUCUUCCGCCGAUUAGGAUCAUUGCUUUUCUGCUACCAAAGGGGAACUAUACUCAAGUCAACUCAGAGUUUCACUAUUACAGGGAAUUAUAAUUUCAGGAAAUCAAACACUCUGUUGGGCAGCACCUCUUCUGAUAAUUUGACGCAAUCUUUAGGUAACUAUUGGACAUUUAUUAAAGAAAUAUCUUGCUUGUUUUGCUUCUAUAAGAGUAAGAUCUGAGAUGAGUAUGUUUGAUUAACAAAAUGAAGUAAAGGCUUAUAGUUUAGAAUUUUGUUAUCAAGUUUAUAUUCCUUUUCCUUUUUUUUUUUUUGGUUUCUCGUGUUAAAAGCUUGACAUGCAUAUAUUCUUAAACAAUCUCAAUACGUUCUCUUCCCUUGGAUAAGCUCGCUUUCUUAUAUUCAAUUAAAAAUGUGAAAAGAAAAAAAUUGGCAUGUGUGUUGGAAAUGAAUGUAUGUUAUAUCAAAGCCUUGCUAUGUAUUCUCUCAACCUCAGAAGAUGUUAUAUGUCAGGUACUCUUGCGCUAACUUAAGGUGAUCCUUAUUAAAUUCUCCAUGGUCUAUCAAAAUUACGUAUUACUUUCCUGAAUGCCGAUAUAUACACACAGCUGAUGUGCACAGUUAUAAAUGUGCACAGAAAAAAAUUGGCAUGUAUGUUGGAAAUGAAUGUAUGUUAUAUCAAAGCCUUGCUAUGUAUUCUCUCAACCUCAGAUGUUAUAUGUCAGUAACUCUUGCGCUGAUUUAAGGUGAUCCAUAUUAAAUUCUCCAUGGUCUAUCAAAAUUUCGUAUUACUUUCCUGAAUGCCGAUAUAUACACACAGCUGAUGUGCACAGUUAUAAAUGAUGAUGAAACUGCAAUUACAUCAUGGAUUUGGUUUAAAAGCUUUCAUAACAAUUUCCACUAAGUGCUUCUCUAGCACUAACACCUUAUUGCUUUCUGAUAGAUACAUCUACACAUACGCCAGCAUUUGGACCAACAUCACUCGUUCUGUACCAAACUUAUGUAACACCAUGAUUGAACUCAGUUCCAAGUUCUUCGCUGAAAAUACCACCCAAGUAGAAUUGAAAUGUGAUUCCACUCACAUGAAUUGCUGUAUACUGGUUGUUUAGAGACAGAAUUUAGCAGACCUGACUUGAUAAAUGCUGGGAAAUAAUAUCUUCAUAGUUCAUACCAUAUAGCUUUAGUAGUAUGAUUUGUUUUCUUCUUCCUGGUGCAGUAUCAGUCCCUUCUACUAAAUGUGAAUGUAAAUGCAUCAACAAUAAGAUCUUCUCCAGAGCCUAUAUCUUCAUCAUUUGUGGUGCAACCCGCAAGUCUUUGCUCUGUUAAUGAGCUUAGCUUGCACCCAAGGGUGUGGCCUAGUGGUCAAUGAGUAGGUUGAGAACCAUGAGGUGUUAGGUUCAAAUCCGAGACAAAAAUACUACUCCCUCCGUCCCAAUUUAUGUUAUAUAGUUUGACUAGGCACAAAGCUUAAGACAGGAAGGAGGACUUUUAAAACUUGUGGUCUAAAAUAAGCUAUAGAUAUUUGUGUGGCUCUAAAUCAUUUCAUUAAGGGUGAAACGGGAAGUUUUAAGUUAAAUUAUUUCUACAUAUAGAAAUGUAUCAUUCUUUUUGGGGCAGACCGAAAGGGAAAGUGUAUCACAUAAAUUGGAACAGAGGGAGUAAGUGAUUUCUUUCCAUCUGUCCUAGCUUUGGUGAACAGAGUUACCCGGUACCUGUUGCUGUGGGUGCUGGCAGGUAUCCCGUGGAAUUAGUCGAGAUGAGCGCAAGCUGGCCCGGACACCACGGCUAUUAAAGAGAAUGAGCUAAGCUUGCCAAUUAUUAUUUGGUUAAUUCCUUCCCUAGUCCCACAGCUGAAAAUCCCCAGCAACAUCCUGUGGUUUUGGAAAAAAUAGUUAUGGAGUUGGUGAAUACAUUCAUUUAUUUAGAUUUGAAGAAGGUAAAGGUAGCUAAGUAAAUGAGAUACGUUUUUCUUCACCAUAGUUGUUCUUAGCUGCACUAACAGUUGCGUUUCUCCUCCAACCACUGUAGACAGAACUACAGUCAUAUUUCUGUACUUGAAUGAUGUUGAUGUUUGUGAAUUUUAACAAGGUGGGCUCUAUAUCCAGCCGGACUAGCUCAAUACUCAUUCAUUUGAUCAGCAGAAGUAUUGAUGCCAAGUUUGUGAAGCUGAGUGGCAUCGCUGCUGAAUGAGAAAACAGAUUUUACAUACUCCUUUGCUUUGCUUUGUUUUGUUUUGUACUUUCUGCGUCAUCAUUUAUUGGCACACCUAUAAUAAGCCAUCACUGCUCAUGUCUCUCAGACGUCAAUGCCCUUGUUCAAGAUAACUGAUGCAGCUAGAGAAGCCUGUAUCAAUAACAAGCCAUUUUUCUGUAGCUGAAUCUUUGAAGAAGGAUGGUAAAAUAUGUGUUUUAUUCUUAUUUGAAAAGAUUUGGAUGAGAAAUCUCUUUAUAUCUUCAAAGGAACUGAGGUACUUAUAGUUAUUUACUCAUUCACUUUCCCAAACCCUAAUUACUUGCUAGUUGCUAUAACCUGGUAGGGGAUAAAAUCAAAGUUACGCAAGAUAUGGACCAUUAAAGCUCUGUAGCUGUUGUGUUAUUGAACUUCAUAUUAGUAUUACUUUUGCAAUUUUCUGUUGUCUUUUCUGUAUUCCUCAUUUUUGUACAUGAGUAAAUAUAAUUAGCUUUCAUGGUUUAAUUCUUUGCUGUAGUAUGAUUACUUCUGUUAUCACGAUGUUUGAAGCAUCUACGACGGUGAUGAAUAUUAAUUAUUUUUUUAGUGUUAUCACGUUUUUUUUAUCAAGGUUAACUGAGAUGAGGUAAGGUUCAUGUUCAGGUUGCUAUAAAUUUUACUUUAGUUAUUCCGUAGCACUGGGUGUGUUGUUGUUGCUGGUAUUAUUCCGUAGCACAACUUCAAUUUGACAAAUUGUUUAUGAACAGCAGGAUGCGUGACGGAAGGACGAUAACAAUAUCAUUUCCUCCUUGUAGUGUGUGUUUACCUUAUGCUGAAACACUUAAUUAUUUUCCGUUUAUCUAAUAUUCUUCUCUAACUAUGUGCAACUUUAUGUGAUUUUCCGGCUCCCAUACUGGGAAGAAAUGAGAUGUUGCUUGUGGAUUGUAAACACAAGUACAAUCAUACCUCUCGAUAAUAGCCAUCCUCUAUAACAUCCGAUCUUUCAUGCUAUGUUAUAUUAUAUAUUUUCAAAGUAACAACAUUUUGCUAUUGCAGCCAAAAGAUAUCGGGACAUACUAUGUUGUUAUAGAGAGGCUUGACUGUACUUAGUGACACAAAAUGUAUAUUUUAUCAUUCCAUUCAUGAAAAAGCAUCUCACAACAAAUUCUUAUUUGUCUUAAUGUGUCGUUGAUCGACCAUCAAACAGGUUCAAGCAUAUGAAAAAAGCAAACAGUACAGAAAACAUAUAAAUCUGAAGAUAUGUUUUCUCCUGUUACUGUCCAGCAGCAAAAGCCUCAACGGGGAAAGUUUUCGUGAUGCCAGCUAGACUCUUGAAGUGAAUCUUUCCCGUAGCGGGGUCCACUGUGAUGUCACCGACCGGAGGCCAUAGCAUCAGCUCCUUGGCCUUCACUCCUUUAAGCUUCUUGAUCCUCUUCUUCUCGACGUAUCCAGUUAUUUCGGUACCAUAACUCACCAGCUUACUGAUCAUUUUAAAGUUAUGUUCGACUUUUUUAGUUUGCAGGAUCCACAUGUACCCGGUGGUUUUUACGAACCCGACUUCGAUUACUUCAGCUAGAGGGAGAAGCCCUGCUGGGAGUUCAUAUUCUUCAAGAAGGGAAAGUGCCAUUUUUAGCCCUUCUUCAUGACCGUUCUUGACAAUUGCUCCUUCCUUUUCUGCCAUGUUUGUUAUUGUUGUUUGCUUAUUUUGCUUAGGGGAACUGAAUUUAUAGUGUGGUUUGCUUAGGGGAACUGAAUUUAUAGUGUGGUAUUUGCUUGUAAAGAGACAAAACUUGAUGGAGAAAACAAAGUGAACAUUGUAUUAGUCCCCAAA